UGGAAGCCCGUUGCAAGUCGUAUGAAGGUUUUGCGGUUCGUGUGCUUGCAAAGUAAUAUAAAGGUUUUGCGGUAUACUUUGAAACUUUUCUGGUGUAGCAUCGCAGGUAGUUCAGGUGCUGCCGCGUAAAACAACAAAUCAAACAGUUCAAUAAUUAAUUUGUCGCGAACAAACACACUCGAAGCGAGAAGUAUCAGUUGUGUACUUCACAUUCCGACGAGGGCUGCUUAUUCAAGAUGGCGGAGGAAAAAAUUGAAUUUGAAACAAAACCAGAAUCUGUAAAAUUUACUCGGAAUUACUUUCGGUUUGCUGUUCCUCUGAUGGCCGAGUUUGUCGCAACUUUUCUUCACACUUUCUGGGGAUCUAUGGCCGGUUUCCCGCUUGAUAGAAGCACAAAUAGCUUAAACAGUUCCAUUAUCUCGAGUGACGUCACAAUCGGAUAUCCAGAUUCAAAUUUAUUACCAGCAUUUCAAGCUGGUUUUGCUGUGUGGAUUCUAAUCGUUGGAUUCUUUAAUAUCAGCGUUUUUCACUUCAAUCCUGCUGUAUCUGUUGGAUUCCUGGUUAGUGGUGACCUCGUCAUCUACAUGUUGAUACCAUAUGUUGUUGCACAAUGUCUUGGGGCGGCUGCUGGGGCACAGAUAGCAAAGAGUUUAAGAGGAGAAGAUUUAGUUCCACUAUACAUUCAAGAUGACGCUAAUAUAACAGCUAUAUUCUUCUGCGAGUUCAUCACAACCGGGUUUAUUAUGUUCUUCACGUUAGCCAUGGUUGUGGACAAGACAUACCAACAACACACUGGACCAUUCGCCCUCGGAAUGACUGUGUUUCAAGGAGUUCUUGCUGGAAGAUGGGUCGGGGCUGGCUGUUUAAAUCCAGCCAGAUGGUUUGGACCUGCACUUGUUACUGGUGGGGCUGCGUGGAAUUAUCAUUGGGUGUUGUGGCUUGGAGACUGUGUAGGAGCUUUUGUUUUCGCUAUCAUUUACAUGAUGUUUUUUGCACCCGAGGAUCGGAUCUGGUUUCUGAAACUAAACAAAAAAGUGUCGAAUUUAAAAUCACCGGCCCCCUACAGCGUAACGAAGUUAUGAAAAUUUUAUUAUGAAAAUUUAUAUUUUGUUUUCUUACUUAGCUUACUGUAUCUAGUUCAGUUAUAUUGGUUUGGGGAUUUAAACUUUAUUACGUGUUUUUCAUCCCGGAAAUGGAAAAUGUUCGAGACUGUCUAAACUAUCGAGAUCAGUGAAAGAAAGGCACGUUUCACUCCGGAUAUUUUAACAGGUGGAACACAGGUCAUAAAAAUGAAAUCAUGGUAGCUUAAUUUAAAAUGGUUUGUCAUUUGUAUAAUACGCUAGACUUAAAUGCUCUUUAUGUUGUUUACAGUGUAUGUGUAAGACUCGCAAUGUAUGUCGUAGGGUUAAGGGCUUAGGCGUUAACGUCAAUAGAUCUAUUUGUCAAAAACUUUCUUUACAAUUUCAAUCCUUCAUUAAGCUCACAUACAGUAGGGUGGGGGAAGGUGGGAUACCUUUUUUAUUCUAUCUUUGCGUCCCAUUUGGUAGUAAACAAAGAACAUUAAAGGAAUUAUGAAACCGUAUCCUCGCGACUACCAUAUACCGUUGUUAGUUGUUUAAAACAUGACUAUAGGAUGUUUGGAUAUUAUGUACUGUCCCGUUUCCCCCCACCCUAUACUAUACAUGUUAUAAUUAAGUGACUACGUUAAAUUCCUUUAUAUUUAAUAUGUUCGAUAGUUUUACCGAAAUUUUGAAUAAUGAUGCGUUUUGUCACGUCAGAAGCCUACGCAAGACGUUCGUUUUAGCAAUGCAUCGCUUCAUUGAAUAAACUCGCCUUGUGUAAUUCGUGGGAAGUGAUAAUUACUUUGCAUUUUCUGCUCCAAGCAUGAGAAGCGCUCUUGAAGUAAGCGAUUUGUUCUCAUUCAAGAAAGAGUGCGGUGUUGGUUGCUGUAGUGCAGUGAACAGUUUAAUAAACUGCUAAGCCAUUUUCUGAUAAGCACAUGUUUCAGAUAGUAUUUCUGCUAGAUGUAAACCUUUUAAGUUUUUGUCAUGUGUAUUGAACCUACGAUAAUAUGAGAGAUGAUUUAACAAAUUAUUGUAUACGAG